GUUGAAUCGAAUCGUUGUGACGUUGAGGUGCGCAGACACAGAGCAUGACCGCCUUGAUGCACAAUUAUGUCACACCUAAGGCUUGUGUUGGCAAUAUUCAUGUUCAGGUGUGAGUGACUGAUGGCUGAAGCAUCCUCAUCGCCGCAAACCGUUGCGCCGCGAGAGGCGUCGAGACCACAUUCGAGUCGGGCACCAGCGAAGCCAGUCGAGAGCUUGCCAUGGGUGUGAUCCGCCGCACACUCACCGACGCAGACCAAGUGACGCAGCUCAUCCGGCAGGGGGCAAACCCAAGUUGUGUCAUGCCCCGGCUGCCUCGUGUCGAGUAUGCGCUGCUGUCACUCGUCAUUGACGACGUGACCGACUACACCAUCCCAUCCAUCUGGGCACAGGCGAAAAGCAAUGGCUGGCUGCAUCCCGUCGCGCUGCCCCGCUGGCCAUCUUCAGCGCUCCAGGAUGCCGUCAUGACUGCACUGGUCGACGGCGGUGCCGACAUCAACGCGGCAGGCGCCGACAGGGAUGCAACGCCCAUCCGUGUCGCGGUUCCGGCGGCCAACAUGACGGCAGUGGAUCAUCUGCUGCAUCGGGGCGUCCAGCUGCAUGGAUUACUGGCGAUGCGGUUGCCGGAGUGGGAGAAGGCUUAUCUGACGGCUACCGCUGACUGCGAGAGGCAGCUGCUGGCCAUCUGCCGCCGACUCAUUCAGCAUGACAGCACCUUGGCAGCCGAUGAAUACCCUGGCGGCUUUGGCUUGGCGCAUAGUGCAGCCAUAAAAGGUGGAGGUCGCUUCUCUCAGUCCUUCAUCAACCAGUACCUCGAUCUGCUCGUCGCCAACGGAGCUGACAUCAGGGCGGCGGACAAUGGUCGAAACACCCCAUUGCAGGUGGCGGCGUGUUGGGGUUCUCCCUAUGUAACCAACUGGCUGUGUCGCCACGUCCCCGCCGACGAUGUCAACAGAGGGAUGCCCAACAGCCCCACCAGCACGCCCCUCGCCAUGGCUGCCUAUCGACUCGACUCCCGCAUUCGGCUGCUGGAGGGGAAUGGCAUUGGAGAGGACGGAAAGGAAGACAUCCGCACAACGGAAAUUCCCAAUCUCAAGACCGUCAUCUGCACCCUCCUGAGAGCCGGCGCCGCCCCAUCCAUCGCCCGCAUGCCCACCCAAGAAGCCCAACGAAUCCGCCAGCUGGUGCUGACAGAGUACGCCACGGUGCUGAAUGGUCUGUCUGAUGUGACCAUGUCGGCCAUCAACGCCGCCCUCGCCCCCCAGCGCGAUCACUCGAUGCUGCUCGCCCGUCUGCUGCCCCUUGCACCUCACAACGACGGCGAAGACCCCGCCCCCUCCCCCCUCUCAGUCGGACCACAUGAGGCAGAGGCCAUCGGCUGGAAGAUCGGCGCCUUCCUGCACGAGCCAUCCGCUGCAGCAGCGGCCAUUGACGAGUACCUCAUCGGCGACUCGACGCUGAGGCGCCGCGUCAAGGCGGCCAUGGCGCACUUCGUCAAGUCGGCCGCCACACGGACAUCCAGCAAUAGGGAGGUCAUCGGCGACAUGGCCAAUGUGGGCGGCGUCGUGGUGCGUGUGCCGCUGCAGUGCUGCGCCGUUCGGGGUCGGUUGGGCGGGCCGCAUCGGCUGCUGGGUGUGCGUGAGGUGGUGCACAAGGCCCGGCUGGACGAGGCGGCCAGCCAUGGCGUGAUCGGUGUGGUCAAGGGCUUCAACGAGCACCCCGGCGAUGGCGACUGCGUGUUCGAAUGGCAGCAGCUGGGGUACAUCCACAAGGCCAUAGGGCUAUUUGUGGCCCUGGGCAUCGAAUGAGUGAUUGUGUGGCGGGGGAGGGAGGGAGGGGGUCGGGGAGGGUCUGUGGUGAUCGUCAGCUGCCUUUCCCUCCUCUUCGCUUUCCUUCUUUCCAUUUCGUGAUGUUUGGGGUCGUUGCUUGGUCGUGUGAGACGGACACUGUGGCUGUGGCUG